AUGGACUCCUCGCAAAGCAACUUCCAGACCCUCAAGGGCAAAGUCGCCAUCAUCACAGGUGCUUCCCGAGGGCUUGGUGCGGGUUUCGCGUUUGACUUGGCUCGGAGAGGUGCCAAGAUUGUGGCAACAUAUACCUCUCCAAACAGCAAACAGCUCGUUGAGGAGCUUUCAGCGAAGAUCGCCUCGCUCGACCCUCCGUCUCAAUGCGUUGGUGUCAGGGCAGACCUCCGGGAACCUGACAGCGCUAAAAAGAUAAUCGAGCGAGCCAUCAGCGCGUUUGGACCUCACAUCGACAUUCUUGUCAACAACGCAGGGGCCGAGCUGGUAAAGCGUCACACUGAUAUUACACCCGCCGAUUUUGACUACAUCUAUCACCUCAACGUCCUCGCUCCACUGCUCCUCCUCCAGGCUACAAAACCUUAUCUCCCUCCUGCAGGCGGUGGCCGAAUCAUCAACAUCUCUUCUGUUGGCGCACGAUACGGAUUUAAAGACCUCUCUUUGUAUUGCUCAUCCAAAGCUGCACUGGAAGGAAUGACGCGCUGUUGGGCUGCGGAGCUAGAGCGAGAUGUUGGAUAA